AUGGACCCUAAAGCGUCAAGCAUGGAGAACUGCAACAUCCAAACAGCGCCUUUCCUGAAGCAGCUGCCAAUAGAGAUCCGAACCGAGGUCUAUCGAAACCUACUCUCCACUCAAUACACGAAACAUCUUUCGGUCUCCCGACAAUUGCCAAUACAUGCGAAGCUCUGGCCUGGCCAUGCCUAUCAUUUGGAGCCCGCCAUCCUUCAAACAAGCCGCCAGGUCCACAACGAAGCCUCUACAGUGUUGUAUCACGAAAAUUUGUUCGUUCGAGUCCGCAGCACCAAAAAGAACCUCGGACGUCUGAUGAACUUAAAAGGCAUACAUGUCUUUCUAAAAGGUCGCAAAGCAGAGACCUUCAAACACUGUGCUAUGUCAGUGGACUUUGAUCGUCUUAAUACCGCACUCAGAAUUAAGAGUCAAGAAUAUGAGCCAUGUUUCGUCAUUGCGUCAACUGAUCUUCAGCUCCUCUGUCAGAGCUUGUUAAUCCAACACACCGUCAUUGGCAGUGUUUUUAAGCACUACGAAUUCAGAGUCACCAUCCACCGUAUGUGUGAUGACAUGCUUAGCAAAACCCCGGCUCAAACCUCAUCUCAACGCCGCUUGCUGGAACCUUUCACCGUACUCCACGGCGUCUCUCAUUUCGCGAUCACUGGUCCUGCGAACACGGAAUACUGCGCUAGUAUUAUCGAACAAGUGUCCCGUAUGGCACCUGCUGUGGAGGAGUGUUUCAGUUCAGCGAUCGAGUUGAGGGAUAAAGGUCAUGAAUAUGUCCUUCAGAAUGAUCUCAAGGGCGCAGUGAAAGUCUACGAACUGGCCUUCUCACAGCUCAUAACCACGUGCCUACGAUGCAGGCUUGCGGGAACCGAAUGGCUAGCACUCCAUCCUGAACUGCCGGGUGCCAUUGUCGAUACGUAUCUAACCCUCGUAGUUCGCCUCGCCUUCACAAGUUACAGACUCGACGCAUUUGAAGAUGUCCAUUUGUGGGCUUGCGAUGCCACACGGUUUGACCCAAACGGGAGGGCGAUGCGACGCGAGAACUCCUACGCAAAGCUAGUUUAUCUGAAGGCAACGGCGAGCGCGCGUUUGGGCAGACACCCACAGGCAGUGGAGGAACUGUGCGAGGGGUUGAAACUGGUGACCAAGGAAGCGUACAAAGACAAGCAGCUUCUUGCGAUGAGACGGGAAAUGAGGUAUCAGAUCAAGGGGCUGGGUGGUAUCAGGCUGCUCAAAGCUAUGGGAAUUGGCCAUUUGUGA